AUGAAAGUAGAAGUGAGUGCUAAGGAGAAGUUUCUGGAAAAGCGGAAGAUAAAGCAAGCUAUCAAUCAUGAAACGAUAAGAGAAGGAUUGAAAAGUUCCAGCAAGAUGUUUCAGAUGGCAUCAGAAGCACAUCUGUCCAAUAAGGAAAAAGUGGUGAGUCCUAAAAUGGGGGCUGCAGUGUCUGCUGUUGCCUCAACUUUUCCAGGCAAAGAAAAAUAUCAAGUGGAAUCUGAGCUUCUGCAGCAACUGCGCGUACACAAAGAAAUGGCCGAAAAACAGAGAAAAGGACAACUGAACAUC